UUUCCCUCAGUUUGGUUUUGAAUCGACAGUACGCGAACAUGAACAACUUGGGCUUUGUGGCAAUCAUCUGCUUGCUUUUGCUGCAAGGUAAUGUGGCGAAGGAAAUUACCUUCCAGGAGCAGUGCAAUGGAUAUUGUUUCUCAGUUGUCCAGCCAUUCCUCGAUAGUUUAGUCCAGUUAAAAGAGGCAACAGAUGCCAAUAAUGAAAUCAAAGACAAAAUUCACUCAUUGGAGCUGACCAUCAACAAUUUGCAGAGUCAGUUAGUAAAUAGUGGGACCGAAAUUAAAAUCAAAGACGAGCAAAUGAAGGAUCUCAGAGAGCAAAUCAAGGACAAAAACGAACAAAUUAAAAGAAAAGACGAACAAAUCCAGGAAAAAGACAAACAACUAAAGGAAAAAGACGAACAAAUUAAAGGAAAAGAGGAACAAAUCUUGCGUGCUGAAAAAAAUUAUCAGCUAUCGAAAUUUAAUCAAACGACGGAGAAUCUUCCCGACACAUGUCCCAAUGGGGGCCCAAAUGGAAUUUUCCAGAUAAAGAUCAAGGGAAUGGAGCCGUUCCAAGUUCCCUGCGAUUCUCAUGGAUGGACGGUCAUUCAAAGGCGAAUCGACGGGAGUGUGGACUUUAAUCGAAACUGGACGGAGUACAAAGAGGGAUUUGGAGACAUGCGUGGAGAGUUCUUCAUUGGGCUGGAAAAAUUGCACUUUAUGACCGCAGCUCAGCCUCAUGAAUUGUAUAUACAACUGCGAGAUGUUAAUGGCACUUAUCGCCAUGCCAGAUAUGACAACUUCAUCGUGGGAAGCGAAGAAGAAAGCUUUAUUCUUAAAUCGCUGGGUGAAUAUUCGGGAAAUGCAGGAGACUCCCUAAAGGAACACAAGGGAGCAAUUUUCUAUACUUUGGAUCGGGACAGCGUUAGCAAUUGCGUUCGUAUUUUCAGCGGUCCGUGGUGGUUUGAUGGUUUGGAUUGCGGAAGAAGGUAAUUCUUCUAUUAUUUUUUUUAGAGAGAACUCGCUUAAUGUUAAUUAAUUUCAUUUAUUUUUCAGUUCGUUAAACGGUAAAUAUUUCAGAGAAGGUAUCGCCAAUGAAAAAAAUGGAAUUAGUUGGGGCCAUUGGACUUCGUUUGAUUACACAAUAUCACUGACUUUUGUGAAAAUUACUAUAAGACCUAUGACUCCACAGACGUGAGGAAUAUGUCAAAAUAAGCUUAAAAUCAUCGUUGGAUCGAGAAAUUCAAAUUCAAUAAAAUUGAUCACUUUUUAUUUAUGAAGAACUAAAA